UUGAAAUAUCUCCCUGCUUCCCAGUGUUUGCACUCUCUGUACCCUCCCCCUUUCUCAGAAUCAGUGCCCCACGUACAACUCCAUCUGAAUCCGAAGCGCCUAGACGGGGAGGGCUUGGCCUCCCCCUCCAUCCCUCCCUCCCGUCCUCCAACCCGGCCCCUCCCGAAAGGGUUGGGCUGUGGACUGGUCUCCGGCACUGUGGGAGAGGCAGCUCCCUGACGGCUGACCUGGGAACACCUGGGUUCGGCACGUUCUGGACACGGAGGGGUGACCCUUCCCCUUCUAUACCCCUUCUCUCCCAGCCCUGGCAUGCUGGCUGCCGCCCUCCAUCUCCCUGGGGCAGGGCCAGUCUGCCAUCUCCAUCGAGUGGCCCCUUGCAGUCCCUCUGCCGGUCCCACCCCUCUGCCCCCAAGGAGAAACUGUGCCGAAGGGUGAGGCUCCCGGCCAAGCUGGGGAGGCCGAGUGGGUGGAUGGGCGGGCCUCACCUCGCCGAGUGCCCUCCGGGUCAACCAGCCUCUCUGCCCGUGGGCCCAGAGAGAUAACAAGAGCCCUUCGACCCGCACCUCCAACGCGGCCCCUACGCACUGACCUCUCCCCCACUGACCUCUCCCUGUCCCUCACUCAGCCGAUCGAUGGUAUUUAUCGAGUGCCGACGGUAUAUGACGCCAGAGACUCUUCUGGGUGCUUGGGAGAGGACAACAGAGGCAGAAGACGGGACAAGCCCUCGGCGUCCUCACGCUCACGCAGCCAGCGGGCUGUGAGCGGGCAGACGGAAAAGCGGCUCGGUGGGGCUGACAGGUGCACGGGUAGUUGGGCUCGCGGAUCGGCACAGGCCGCGUGUUCCUGAAACAUGGCGGAAGCUCACCAGGCUGUCGCCUUCCAGUUCACGGUCACUCCGGAUGGCAUCGACCUGCGACUCAGUCAUGAAGCUCUGAAACAGAUCUACCUCUCUGGCCUCCACUCGUGGAAGAAGAAGUUCAUCCGAUUCAAGAAUGGAAUCAUCACGGGCGUGUAUCCUGCCAGCCCCACCAGCUGGCUCGUCGUGGUGGUGGGCGUCAUGUCCACCACGUAUGCUCAAGUCGACCCCUCGCUGGGCUUGAUCGCAAGAAUCAAUCGGACGCUCGACACAACUGGGUGCCUGUCCAGCAAGACACGGAGCAUUGUGAGCGGCGUCCUGUUUGGCACUGGACUGUGGGUGACCCUGAUGCUAACCAUGCGCUACUCCCUGAAGAUGCUGCUCUCCUACCACGGCUGGAUUUUCUCGGAGUAUGGAAAACUGUCCAAGGCCACCAAGGUUUGGAUGGGGAUGGUCAAGCUUUUCUCGGGCCGGAAGCCCAUGCUCUACAGCUUCCAGACCUCUCUGCCCCGCCUGCCUGUCCCCGCUGUGAAGGACACUGUGAACAGGUACCUGGAAUCCGUUCAGCCACUUAUGAAUGAAGAAAAUUUCAAAAGAAUGGACAGCCUUGCCAAAGAUUUUGCAAUCAAUCUGGGACCCAAGCUGCAGUGGUAUCUGAAGCUGAAGUCUUGGUGGGCCACCAAUUAUGUCAGUGACUGGUGGGAAGAAUACAUCUACCUCCGGGGGCGCGGACCCAUUAUGGUCAAUAGCAACUACUUUGCCAUGGACUUGCUGUAUGUCAUCCCGACACACCUGCAGGCUGCCAGGGCUGGCAACGCCAUCCACGCCAUCCUGCUCUACCGGAAGAAGCUGGACCGCGAGGAAAUCAAGCCCAUUCUUCUGUUGGGAUCCACCGUCCCGCUCUGCUCAGCGCAAUGGGAGAGGAUGUUCAACACAUCCCGGAUUCCAGGAGAGGAGACAGAUGUGAUCCAGCACGUGAAGGACAGCAAACAUAUUGUGGUGUACCAUAGGGGGAGAUACUUCAAAGUGGGGCUCUACCACGAUGGGAGACUGUUGAAACCCCGAGAAAUUGAGCAGCAGAUGGAGAGAAUACUAGAUGACCCUUCUGAGCCUCAGCCUGGAGAAGAGAAAUUAGCCGCCCUUACAGCUGGGGAAAGAGUGCCCUGGGCGAGGGCCCGUCAGACGUAUUUUGGACGAGGAAAGAACAAGCUGUCCCUUGACGCGGUGGAAAAAGCGGCGUUCUUUGUGACUCUGGAUGAUACAGAGCAGGGAUACAAGAAAGCGGACCCCGUGACGUCAUUGGACAGCUACGCCAAAUCCCUCCUGCACGGGAAAUGUUACGACAGGUGGUUUGACAAAACAUUCACGUUUGUUGUUUUCAAGAAUGGCAAAAUGGGCCUGAACUCGGAACACGCUUGGGCCGACGCCCCAAUCGUCGGGCACCUGUGGGAGUACGUUAUGGCCGCCGAUUGCUUCGACCUGAGCUAUGCCGAAGACGGGCACUGUAAAGGGGACAUCAACCCCAACGUCCCGAGUCCCACCAGGCUCCAGUGGGAGAUCCCUGAGGAGUGUCAAGAAGUCAUCGAGAAGUCCCUGAACUUGGCAUCCACCUUGGCCAAUGAUGUGGAUUUCCACUCCUUCCCCUUCGACGAGUUCGGGAAGGGGCUGAUUAAGAAGAGCCGGACCAGCCCCGACGCCUUUGUGCAGCUCGCCCUCCAGCUGGCUCAUUACAGGGACAUGGGCAAGUUCUGCCUGACGUACGAAGCCUCGAUGACGCGGCUCUUCAGGGAAGGCCGGACAGAAACCGUGCGGUCUUGCACCACCGAGUCCUGCGCCUUCGUGCUGUCCAUGGCGGACCCGACCCUGACGGUGGAAAAGAAGCUGAAGCUUUUCAAGCUCGCAGCGGACAAGCACCAGCUGUCCUAUCGCCUGGCUAUGACGGGGGCCGGCAUCGACCGCCAUCUCUUCUGCCUCUACGUGGUCUCCAAGUACCUGGCCGUGGAGUCUCCUUUUCUGAAGGAAGUUCUGUCUGAGCCGUGGAGGCUGUCGACGAGCCAGACGCCCCAGCAGCAGGUGGAUCUGUUUGAUCUGGAGAGAUGCCCCGAGUAUGUGUCCAGUGGCGGGGGCUUCGGACCCGUGGCCGAUGAUGGCUAUGGGGUGUCAUACAUCAUCGUGGGAGAGAAGCUUAUCAACUUCCACGUCUCGUCCAAGUUCUCCAGCCCUGAGACGGAUUCUCAUCGAUUUGGAGAACACAUCAAACAAGCAAUGGUCGACAUCGUCACUCUUUUCGGCCUCAGUCCAAACGCCAAAAAGUAAUUCGGGGAGUCCGGGGGCCACGGAGGCCCGGGACGGGAACUCUUCUGAUAAACCCAAACAAAGAUGGCUGUCUGAUUGCUCCGUCCCUCCCUCCCUCCUUCCCUUUCUCCCUUCCACCCGCCCCUCACCGAGAGUCAGACCUUCUUUUUGGGGGGCUUUGAUCAGAAGGAUUCCAUUUCCACAGAGGAUCCGUCAUCCCGUUUUAGAGCGCACAGUACAAUAGCCACGUGUGAAAGUGUGCAGUUUUGCAUUUUCUAGGUCUGUCUUAAUUUCAUGACUUUCUGAUCAUUUUUAUGCUAAAAUCACUGAGUCUGCUUGUAUUUAAUAAAUGAAGGGAUCAUGACUAGUAUUCCAUUUAA